CAAGCAUCGGAUCCUCUCUUUUUCAACCUCAAGGGUGCGCACGAUAAUCUCACUCGCGUCCUCCGUCAUCUUCACCGUCAUACAGACUCUUCCCCUGCAUCUAUUUUCGGAGUCUAUAUAUACACACCCACACGCUCUUGUACUGACAUUUCAUUGACUUUCUUCACAAUCUCUCUCUCUCUCUCUCUCUCUCUCUCUCUCUCUCUCUCAAUCUCUCUUUACUUUCUCUCUCUAAAAACAUCAACUCUAUGGACGAUCUGCCCGCCGGUUACCGGCCGAACGUCGGCGUAUGUCUCAUCAAUUCCGAUAAUCUGGUGUUCGUGGCUUCAAGGUUAAAUGUACCCGGAGCAUGGCAAAUGCCUCAGGGGGGGAUUGAAGAGGGAGAAGAGCCAACUUCUGCAGCAGUGAGGGAGCUUCGAGAAGAAACUGGAGUGGUUUCUGCUGAAAUAAUCGCAGAGGUUCCAAAAUGGCUGACUUACGAUUUCCCUCCUGCUGUUAAAGCUAAAGUGAAUCGUUUAUGGGGAGGAGGUGAAUGGCAUGGACAAGCACAAAAAUGGUUCCUGAUGAGACUAACAAAAGAUGAAAGUGAAAUCAAUUUGGCAAGUGGUGAAGUUGAUCCAGAAUUUUCAGAGUGGAAAUGGACAACUCCUGAAGAAGUCAUUGAACAGGCAGUGGAUUAUAAAAGGCCAACAUAUGAGGAGGUUAUAAGAACAUUCAAACCUCACAUACAUGAAGGUGGAAAAGGUGCAGCCAAAUGCUUAUCGACCAAAUGGUGAACAAAAAUGUGAAAUGAGGUUGGUGUUUAUUUAUUUAUAUUUUAUAGUAAUUGUUGCAUUAUAUUAUAUAUAUAGCUCUACUUGUACAUGAAUGUGAUAUGAUCAGAACUUUCUCAGAUUAGGUGUCCGUUUAUUCGUAAUGAAAUCUGCUUAAAUUCAACUUUAUUGCUUUUAUUCUUUGGUGGCCGAUUUUGUAGAUGAAUAUGAUGAUGAUUGCUAUAUCUCUAUUUGAAAAACUUGGUUUUUCACCUAAAUUGGACACUUAUAAUAAUAAAUAUUUGUGGAUGCUUUUACUUAUGGGGUUGCAUUGCUUCUUGUUUGAUGAGAUUGAGAGCUUCGUUACAAUAUAUUGCAUGUCCAAAAUUGGAGCUAAUGUGAAGAAAAUAUCUGACUUUUGUUGGCGAUAACUUUUUUUUUGAACGGUUUUUAGAGAUUGUUGACACUACAUCAAUUUCAAAGAUGUACAUAGAAAAAUACAACCCAAGGCGUAUAGAGAGAGUUUGUACUAGGUGUGUUUUGCAUACUAUGGGAAUCGUUUUACUUUCUUCAAACAACACGAUUAUACAAUUAAACGAUGAAGACAUUUUUUAUUUGAACAAAUUUGAUACACUAAAAAAAAACGUUUUAAGAUGUUUAUGGAUGGAGAAUAGUUUGUAUAUUUAGUUCUUAGUUGACAAUGAGGACCAUGAGCUCAUGUUAAGAUUAAUCUAAGUUCGUUUUAAGAAAAAUUGGUUUUAAAAAAAUGGUAGCUGAGAUGGCCUCUGUCAAUUCACUUCAUGGCCCAUACAUGAGAUUAAUUAUUAAAUACCAAUAAUAUUUUGAUUGUGAAGACUUUUUUUUUUUUGACUUCUAUUAUAUAAUUCUACAAAGGUUAUAAAAAAAUCGGACUCAAAUGUUUGUAUUUGAUGUCACACUUUAACAAAAUAAUAAAAGAAAGGUUGUCUUAAAUGAUAUACGGUUCAAAGUUCAAACAAGUAAAACAAGAGCACUAAAAUGGAAAGAAAAGAUUGAACAAUUGCAAGGUUCCUUUACAAAAUCUUAAUUUCCAUACAUCUUCAUAGGAAAAUUAAUUUAAAUUAAUUUAUGAGAGUAAUUAUCUUUUUGUUUUGUUCAUAUUUGGGUAACUUUUUUUUUGUAUACAUAUACACAACGAACUUAUUGGAAGUGUUCACAUAUGACAGUUAUGACAGACUGUAGCAAGUUAUAAUUUAUGUGAUAUAUAUAUAUGAAGAAGAUAAUUACCUAUGAGGGUAAUGAACUAUUGGUUUUGUUUACAUCUAGACAAUUUCCUUUUUCUAUUCACAUUUGACCAUCCGAUUUGUUGAAGUUGUUUGCAUAAUACUAUUCUUUUAGAAAUUUAAAUAAGCAGUUGAAGUGGGAAAAAUUGAAGGUUAGAUUUUAGAAAUUGAAGUCAGUAUUUGGAGUCCACUGCAAUCCUCACAAGAAGCAUUUUGUGAGGUUGAGAGCUUCCUACACAAAUCAAAUGCUUGUAUAUUUAUUUUCUUAUAUCCUACCGAAUUUUAUUGGUAAAGUGAUUAGAGUUCAUUUUUAAUCUUCUUGUCGAAUACAUCUAACUUGUCAAUGUCAUCAUGGU